CACAGAAACACAAGUUGCCUACAACGAGGAAACAUGAAGACAAUCAAUCUCAGCAUUCUACUAAGCCUGGCAGUCGCAGUUCACUGCGUGCCAAUAUCACAGGUUACUGUUCAAGAUGAGCAAUUUGCAGAGAGCUACCUGAAGAAAUUCUUCAACCUAACUGAGGAGAGCGGUCCAACUAUCAGACGGGGGAUCAGCCCAGCGGUCAAGAAGCUGACUGAGAUGCAGCGAUUCUUUGGUCUCCAGAUCACCGGGACGCUGGAUGCUGACACCAUGGCGAUGAUGAAGAAGCCCCGCUGUGGCGUUCCAGAUGUGGACCCUGCUCGUUUCUCCACCUUUGGAAAUAACCUCAAGUGGCAGAAAAACAGUCUUACGUACAGGAUUGAGAACUACACACCUGACAUGUCUGUGGCAGAGGUAGAUGACUCCAUGGAGAAAGCACUGCAGGUUUGGGCCAAAGUCACUCCUCUGAGAUUCACAAGAAUCUACAGCGGCAUAGCUGACAUCAUGAUCUCCUUUGGCCGCCGAUCACAUGGUGAUUUUUACCCCUUUGAUGGCCCUGAUGGCACUCUUGCCCAUGCCUUCGCCCCAGCCACUGGCAUUGGAGGAGAUGCUCAUUUUGACGAUGAUGAGACCUUCACCUUCCGCUCAAACUCUGGAUACGUCCUGUUCAUGGUAGCUGCCCAUGAGUUUGGCCACUCCCUGGGCUUGUCUCACUCUACAGAUCCUGGUGCUCUCAUGUACCCCAACUAUAUAUACAGAAACCCUGACACCUUUGUUCUCCCCCGGGAUGAUGUCAAUGGCAUCCAGUCUCUCUAUGGUCCAAAUAAGGAUCCAGUUCAGCCUGGACCUACGCCUCCCACCACCCCUGAUGCCUGUGAUUCUACCAUGGUAUUGGACGCUGUGGCCACCCUGCGAGGAGAGAUGUACUUCUUCAAAGACAGCUUCUUCUGGCGUAGCUACCCUCAGAGCAAUAAACCUCAGCAAAGUCUCAUCACAACCUUCUGGCCUAAUGCCCCUGUCAACAUCGACGCUGCUUAUGAGAGCAAACAAUCAGAUGAUGUCCUACUCUUUAAAGAUCGUAAAGUGUGGGCUUUCAGUGGCUAUGACCUUGUACCUGGCUAUCCUAAAACAAUUUCCAGUUUUGGUCUGCCCAUAACUGUGGAGAAAAUCGAUGCUGCUAUGUAUGACGUGGAUUCUCGCAAGACUCUGUUCUUUGUGGGCAGAGAUUACUACAGUUAUGAUGAGACCAAACAGGCUAUGGACGAGGGAUUCCCCAAACGUGUUGAUGAGACCUUCUCUGGCAUGACCGGCAAGGUGACAGCAGCUCUCCAGUACAGAGGUUUCACCUAUCUCUACAGUGGACCCCAAAUGUUUGAGUACAGCAUGGGGAGUGGCAGGUUGUUCCGUGUGCUGAGAAACAGCUACUUCUUGCGUUGCACUAACUUCUAGACCAAAUGAUAACAGAAGUUGUUUGUGUAGCUACUGUGAAUGACAAUGAAGGCACCAGAGUUAAAAAGUGUCCAUAACUUGUAAGAAUAUAUUCUAUAAUAUCUAAUUAUAUUGUUACAGAAUUAAGGGUAUAUACUGGAUAUAUGCCCUUUCUCAUAAACGGCACCUUACAUGUUUUUUAAAAAAAUAUUUUAAUGAAAUUGCAUUUUUGUGGCCAGCCAUUGCUUUUUUUUUUUUUACUUAUUUAAAUUUAAUUCAAUUCUUUAUUGUAAUUUAUUUGUCAUUCAUUUUCAAAACAUUGCUGUUACUAAUUUGUCACUGCAUAAUUAACUCAUUAUCAUUUUCAUAAUUGCACGUCUACAUAGAUUUGAACACCACUGUGACAACACAUAUGAAUGUAUGCAUGUAAAAACUGUGAAAAUAAAUUGGCUCCUUGAAUUAACAAAUAA